AUGGACUAUAAGCAUAAUUUUGCUACAAGUCCAGAUUCUUUCCUAGAUGGAAGGCAGAACCCACUCUUAUAUACAGAUUUUCUAUCUUCAAACAAGGAGCUUAUAUACAAACAACCAUCGGGUCCUGGUCUUGUGGAUUCUGCCUACAAUUUUCAUCACCAAAACAGUUUGCAUGACCGUAGCGUGCAAGAAAACCUGGGUCCAAUGUUUCAACCCUUUGGCGUCGACAUCAGCCAUCUUCCCAUUACCAACCCUCCCAUUUUUCAAAGUUCUUUACCAGCGUUUGAUCAGCCCGUGUACAAAAGACGCAUAUCUAUCUCCAAUGGUCAGAUUAGUCAAUUAGGCGAAGACUUAGAAACGGUUGAAAAUCUUUACAACUGUCAGCCUCCGAUCCUAUCGUCUAAGGCGCAACAGAAUCCCAAUCCUCAACAGGUGGCAAAUCCAAGCGCAGCCAUAUACCCAAGCUUUAGCUCGAACGAAUUGCAAAACGUGCCACAACCACACGAACAAGCUACAGUCAUACCCGAAGCUGCACCUCAAACAGGUAGCAAGAAUAUCUACGCUGCAAUGACCCCGUAUGAUAGCAAUAUAAAGCUUAACAUACCCGCAGUAGCAGCCACUUGUGACAUUCCUUCUGCCACGCCUUCUAUCCCAUCUGGCGAUUCCACAAUGAAUCAGGCUUACAUCAACAUGCAACUCCGAUUACAAGCUCAAAUGCAAACUAAGGCAUGGAAAAACGCUCAAUUGAAUGUGCAUCCAUGUACUCCAGCCUCUAAUUCUUCCGUUUCCUCUUCUUCUUCCUGCCAAAACAUUAAUGAUCAUAAUAUCGAAAAUCAAUCCGUCCAUUCUUCAAUUUCCCAUGGCGUUAAUCACCACACUGUUAAUAAUUCCUGCCAAAAUGCCGAGUUGAAUAUUUCAAGCAGCCUUCCAUACGAAUCGAAAUGCCCUGAUGUCAAUUUAACACAUGCCAACUCAAAACCACAAUACAAGGAUGCCACUUCUGCACUGAAAAACAAUAUUAAUAGUGAGAAAGACGUACAUACCGCGCCCUUCUCCUCUAUGCACACUACAGCAACCUUCCAAAUAAAGCAGGAAGCUAGACCCCAAAAAAUAGAGAACAAUACUGCAGGCUUGAAAGACGGUGCUAAAGCUUGGAAGCGUGCAAGGCUACUAGAACGAAACAGAAUUGCCGCUUCCAAGUGUCGACAGAGAAAGAAAAUGUCACAAUUACAACUUCAAAGGGAAUUUGACCAAAUAAGCAAAGAAAACACAAUGAUGAAGAAAAAAAUUGAAAAUUACGAAAAAUUGGUUCAAAAAAUGAAGAAAAUUUCGAGGUUGCACAUGCAAGAAUGCACAAUUAAUGGUGGUAAUAAUAGUUAUCAAAGCCUUCAAAACAAGGAUAGUGAUGUUAACGGGUUUCUGAAAAUGAUUGAAGAAAUGAUACGCAGCUCCAGUCUAUAUGAUGAAUAA